AUGUGGAACCCAAACGCCGUAGACAACAGGCAGCUAGAAAAGCGGGUCGUCGUCGGCCGGGUCCGACCGACGUGGGCGCGGAACCUUCCAGAGACAAGAGAGGAUGAGGAUAAGAAUGAGGAGAUUGGGGUCAUGCCGCAUAGCGAACCCCCGUCGCCGACGGAACCCUGGCAGCAGGGGAAGCAGGAGGAUAAAUAUGACGCUUUUGGGAAGGUGAUGCUGCUCGGUGACAGCGGCGUCGGCAAGACGUGCAUGCUAGUCCGCUUCCGGGACGGCAAGUUCCUCGCAGGAAACUACAUAUCCACCGUCGGCAUCGACUUCCGGAACAAGGUAGUCACGGUCGACGGCAUCAAGGUAAAACUUCAGAUUUGGGACACCGCUGGGCAGGAGCGCUUUCGGAGCGUCACGCACGCAUACUACAGAGACGCACAUGCAUUGCUGCUGCUGUAUGACGUCACGAACAAAACCAGCUUCGACAACAUUCGGGCCUGGCUCGGGGAGAUUCGGGAGUACGCGCAGGAUGAUGUCGUUAUUAUGUUAUUAGGUAACAAAUCCGACAGCGGCCUAGAGCGAGCGGUGAGGCGGGAGGAGGGGCAGCGCCUAGCCAGGGAAUACCAAGUCUCCUUCAUGGAGACGUCGGCGAAAACCGGUCUGAACGUCGAAGCAGCGUUCGCCCAUGUGGCGAGGGCGCUCGUGGCGAAGGCGAACCCGGCUGACCCCAACCGGCUCGCUGUACGGGCACCGCCGGUGCAGGAGCAGAGAUCCUCGUGUCCACCUUGUACUUAAGACUUCUUAAUAUUUAGAGCUGAUUGUCUAUAUAACUUCACUUCGACUGUGCAAUCCAUAAUAAGGCGCCUUUACCAAGACUUCUGUGGAAUCCGGCCUGAACGUCGAAGCGGCGUUCGCCCAUGUGGCGAAGGCGAACCCGGCUCACCUCAACCGGCUCGAUGUACGGGCAUCACCGGUGCAUUGCAGGAGCAGAGAUCCUCGUGUCCACCUUGUACUUAAAAUUUUCUAAAACCUGUUUAGAGCUGAUUCGUCUAUAAAUAUAACUCGACUGUGCAUCUAUAAUAAGUCGCCUUUGUCAAGACUUCUGUGGAAACUGGGCUGUACGUUCAUCGUUCGCCCACGUAGCGAGGGCCCUCGUGCCAAAGACGAACCCGGCUGACCCCAACCAGAGAUCCUUGUAACUUGUACUUAAGACUUAUUAAGAGCUGAUUUGUCUAUGUAACUUCACAAAACUCGACUGUGCGUCUAUAAUAAGUCACGUUUAUCAAUUGUUUUGUGGAAACCGGACUGAACGUCGAAGCGGCGUUCGCCCACUAGAGAGAUCCUCAUGUCCAAGGUCCAAGGUGCUACUCAAGACUUCUAAAACCUAUUUAGAGCUAAUUGUGGCUUUCCAACAGAUAAGGAUCCUGAAGUCCUUAUGCUUCAUAUGCAUAUAGACCUUCCCAUUAGAGAAAGGGUCCA